CCUGGGUGCGUCGAACCACUCCAUGGGCUUUGUUGACCUCGCCAAAGUCAUGCAGCCACCGUGCCCAUCUGCACAGAUCACCCAGGGGAGCUGUAGGAGCUAUGCAUGUGCUCCCAGCUUGGGUGCCAACUCAUAUAUCAAGGUAGGUCAGGGCAGGUCUUGCUCUCCCACACAUCUGGAUUUCUUCUCUACUCCCCCCUCCUUCUCCUCCUCCUCCUGUGUCUGGCGUUUCCCUCCCUCCUUCUUUGUUCGCGCUCCCUGCGGCAAAACCUUGUCCCCUGCAUCUUGUCAAUAUGGCGAUCACAGACGAGAUUGGUGGCGGCUCCGAAAAGGCCACCGUGAUCGUGGAGUCACCUAACCACAACGACGAGGAUCUCAACCCUGCGGUCGCAGCUAGACGCCGUAUCCGAUACAUCGACGAUGACGAGGAAAACGGUGGCCCAUCUGCUGCCACCGACAUUGGUCAUCCGCUGAAGAGGCGAGGCUCGACCUACUCUGUACAUUCACUCUCCAGCGUCCGCAGUGGACAACGUGUCGUCGAUCCAUCUGUUAUCCUGCCAGUUCAAUACCGCACCCUCAGUUAUGAUAUCACCAACGUCAAGGCCAUUGAGAGCGCAAAGAACGCUCGUGAGAAAGCCGCCGUCGACGUGGGAGGCCUCGAGUGGCAUCUACUCACCCCUCAAGAGAUUUGCAUUCGGUUAAAUACUUCGACAGACACUGGUCUCUCGCCUGCCGCCGUGAAAGAAAAGAUUGCAGAAUAUGGCCGCAAUGUCCCCUCCCCUCCACCCUCGAGGUUGGCUCAGAAGCUGUUCGGCUACUUCUUCGGAGGGUUUGGCUCGAUCUUGCUGGGCGGCAGCGUCCUCGUCUUCGUCUCUUGGAAGCCAUUGGGCGAACCGCCCGCCGUGGCCAAUCUCGCCCUGGGCAUCGUUCUCGCCGCGGUCUUUGUCAUCCAGGCUGCGUUCAACGCCUGGCAGGACUUUUCGUCUUCCAGGGUCAUGAACAGUAUCACCGGCAUGCUGCCUGAGGCUUGCCGUGUUUUACGUGACGGAAGCAAGCACACAGUUCAAGCCCCCGAUGUUGUACCUGGUGACAUCCUCUACUUCAAAGCGGGCGAUAAACUGCCGGCCGAUAUCCGAUUCAUUGAUGUCUCGACGGACGCCAAAUUUGACCGGAGCAUCUUGACUGGAGAAUCACUUCCGUUGGCUGCUGUCACCGAGUCUCAUGAGCCCAACUAUCUCGAGACACGAUGUAUCGGCAUGCAGGGCACUCACUGUACCUCCGGGAGUGGUGUGGGCAUUGUUGUGUCUACUGGCGACGACACCGUCUUUGGCCACAUCGCCAAAUUGACCAGCCAACCCUCCACCGGAAGGACCAACCUGCAGAAAGAGGUGCUGCGCUUCGUCUUCAUCAUUGUCGGUCUGAUGGUCUUUAUGAACAUCAUCGUCAUUGCAGUUUGGGCAGGGUACAUUCGACACGCACACCACAGUUAUAUCAACGUCCCCACUCUCAUUGUCGACAUUGUCAGUGUGGCCAUUGCGUUUGUCCCCGAGGGCUUGCCCAUUGCUCUCACAGCAUCGCUCACAAUCACGGCCAACAUCAUGAAGAAGAACAAUAUCCUCUGCAAGUCGCUGAAGACUGUCGAGACUCUCGGCUCUGUCUCCGUCCUCUUGUCCGAUAAAACCGGAACGUUGACCAAAAAUCAAAUGGUGGUGACUGAUUGUCUGAUUGGGUUUAGUACCAUGACCGCGGAAGAAGCAGCUCAGGACAUGGUGACAGAAGACAGCAGUGCCAAAUCAAAAAAAGCGGCAUUGCAACAAUUGCGCGUACUCUCUGCGGUAUGCAAUGCUGGGGAGUUUGAUCCAACCACGAUUCAUCUGCCCCUGUCCCAGAGAAAAAUCAUUGCAGAUGCAACCGAUCAAGCAAUCUUGCGACUCUCGGAGAGUCUUGGCCCUGUCACGCAGUCCCGCGACAUGUGGCGGAAGAGAUUCGACCUGGCCUUCAACUCCAAGAACAAAUUUGCAAUGAGAGUCGUUUCUCCCGACAAUGCGGCAGCGGUUGCAGCGACCAUGAGUGCCGUUGAAACAAAUUCUUUCAGCGUUGAGAACGACCUGCUGUUGAUGAUCAAGGGUGCCCCAGACAUUCUUCUCCCCAGAUGCACGAGAUAUGUCGGAGAAGAUGGGGGCGUCCAUCCUCUCGACGAGGGCGUCCGAUCGUCCAUGGAAGCAAUCAAAGAUGCAUGGUCGAGUCAGGGCAAACGAGUUCUUCUACUGGCCCGCAAACCUCUUCCGGCAAGUAUGGUGCAAUCCGCGCCCAACGACAAUACAUUUGAGGCCGAAGCACUACGACAUGCCGGAGCUGGGCUCACUCUGAUAUCAAUGGUGGGCAUUGUUGAUCCUCCCAGAGAUGAGGUGCCGAGUGUGAUCCAGACUCUUCGCCGUGCAGGGAUCCGCACAAUGAUGGUCACUGGCGACUUCAAGCUGACAGCCCAAGCCAUCGCCCGCUCAUGCGGGAUUAUUACCGUCGGCGACAGGGAAAUCCACACGGUGGAAAACCUCCCUCGGUUUCCUCCCCAAGACGCCGUGGAGAAGAAACAGCAGAAAAAGUCGAAUCGGAUGCCCUCGGAGAACAAGGCAAUCGUAUUGACAGGUCCCGACCUGAUGACACUCCUCCCACACCAAUGGACCACCCUGACGACUCAGUACAGCGAGAUUGUCUUUUCCCGCACCACACCAGACCAGAAGCUGCGCAUCGUCAGGGAAUUCCAGUCCCAAGCUUUUGUUGUGGCCAUGACUGGCGAUGGUGUCAACGACGCACCCAGUCUCAAACAAGCAGAUAUCGGCAUCUCGCCGGCCUCUGGAUCCGACAUUGCGAUCGAAGCAUCCGAUAUGGUGCUUCUGGGUUCGUUCUCGGCAAUUCCGGAGGCUGUCUUGUACGGACGUGUGGUUUUCGACAACCUCAAGAAGACCAUCGCCUAUCUCCUACCUGCAGGCUCGUUCUCGGAGUUCUGGCCCGUCAUGACCAGCGUCGUCUUCGGUCUCCCUCAGGUCCUGUCCAGCUUUCUCAUGAUCAUAAUCUGUUGUUUUACCGACUGCGUCGCUGCGACAAUGCUGGCGUACGAAAAGCCUGAAGCCAACGUCAUGCUGCGCCCUCCGCGGGAUAUCCACAAAGAUCGUCUCGUGGAUUGGCGCCUGUUGCUCCAAGCUUAUGGCUUCGUUGGAAUACUGGAGUCGGUGUGCUCGUUCUCCAUGAGCUUCUGGUACCUCCAACGUCAUGGCCUUCCCUUCGGCACGCUGUGGUUCUCCUUCGGCAACAUUCCCGUUCCAGCGGGCCAGACCGAAGACGAUGUGUCGUAUCACUUGACCGUGGCGAGCUCGAUCUACUUCGUUACGCUCGUGGUGAUGCAGUGGUUCAAUGUCAUGGCCCUGCGGACCCGCCACCUUUCCAUCUUCUCGCAUCCUCCCAUUUUCAACCGCAAGACACAGAACCUGCUGCUCUUCCCGGCUAUUCUCUUUGCGCUCGUCAUCGCACUGAUAUUCACUCUUGUGCCCGGUAUAGACUAUCUCGGAUGCGAUAAAGUCCCCGUCGAACACUGGUUUAUCCCCAUGACAUUCGGCAUCGGACUGUUGAGUUUGGAUGAAUUGAGGAAGAUGAUGGUGAGAAAAUAUCCCAAUGGCUUCCUAGCGAAGAUAGCAUGGUAAGAAUCGGACUUGGAGGAAGGCCGUCGGUCUGCCCUGUGAUGGUGGGCGUGAGAACAUAUUCAGAUACCAGUUAGCAGUCGGUGUACAGUCCGUAUCCAUUACAAAUCAUGCGGUAGGAAAUAGAAGAUACCUUUCCGCUUUCAUGAGUGCUAGUGGGAUAUUGGCCCGUCUAUACAGAACAUUAUGGCACAAUUCUGCUGAUGAUGCCCCAAGCCAACGCUGA